UUUACAAAGGUAAUUCGCUUGUUUCAGCUUAAGGUCAUAUUUAACUUAACUAAAAUAAAAAUAAUAGUUUGUGACUAAGAAAUUGGACUGCAGGAUCAAUUCAUAGGGCUUAUUUUUUGCCUUCCAAGCCACAAAGGCGAUUUCAGUUCGGGAAAAAUCAGCCGGAGUUAAAAUCGAGCAUCAUUUGGGCGCAGCUGCAAGUCACGGACACAAAGGCGUUUGGGAGUGUUUCACUCGUGUGUAUUUGUGUGGGCGCCGCGGAAACCACAAAAACAACAUCCAGAGCUAUGGUGGGAAUUAUCGAUGAGGCGCAGCUGUUUUAUCCUCUGGGAAGUCGCAUCAAGAUAGCCGACAACUACGGCACAGUGCGCUAUGUGGGAGAGGUCAGCGGCCACAUGGGCACCUGGCUGGGCAUUGAGUGGGACGACGGGCUGCGGGGCAAGCACAACGGCAUCGUAGACGGCAAGCGCUACUUCCAAACGCAGUCGCCUACGGCGGGCAGCUUUAUCCGGCCGGGCAAGGUGGGGCCGUGCGCCACUCUGGAGGAUGCUGCCCGCGAGCGGUACCUGAAUUAUGACUCGAGCAACGUAGACGAGUCCCUCAUCCGAGAGGCCCAGGCCAGUCUGCAGGCGUCGCUCUUUGAGGUUGUAGGUAUGGACAAGAUCGCCCGCAAGCAGAGCAAGUUCGAGCAACUGGAGGAAGUGAGUGUUGACCAAACGCCAGUGAAUGCAGCCGGGUACCUGAAGGAGCUGACCCAGCUAACCACGCUGAACGUAAGCCACACCUUGAUCUGGAACUGGGAGAUAGUCGCCAACAUCGCGCAGCAGCUGCCCUCCCUGACAAACCUGAACCUGAGCUCCAACCGACUCGUUUUGCCUACGGCAUCCGAAAUCACAGAUUUGGAGCCCAGCUUCCGACAGCUGAAGCGUAUUAAUCUACGCGGUUGCGGCUUUUCAGACUGGAAGGAUGUGAUGCAUACGGCGCUUUUAUGGCCAAAUAUUCUUUCCCUGGGCCUUCAGGAGAAUCCUUUUGGUCAGCUGGCCGAGGUCGAUCGAAAGAAGAUCUUUCAACAGCUUCAAGAGCUGGACUUGCAUCGCACUAAAAUCAUGGAUUUUGACCAGGUGGUCAAGUUGGGCAACCUGGUGACGUUGCGCUCUUUGAAUCUCAUGGAAAACGGCAUCGAGGAAAUAAAGCUUCCAGACUGUGAUCCGCAAGAAAAAAUUAACAUGUUUGUCUCACUUGAGCAGUUAAAUCUGCUUCACAAUCCUAUUUGGAAUGAGCAGGCGGAUGCCUUCAACGAAUUGGACAAGCUGCCGCAGCUAAGCCGCUUGAGUAAGACACCGCAUCUAAAGUCAAAUUUUGAUGAAAUGGCCUCUAAGGCCGUGGCUAGCAUAGCCGGCCUGCAGUUCAUCAACAAAGCGGAAGUGACAGCUGAGGAGAGACGUGGUGCCGAGUACGAUCUUUGGAAAAAACAUGCCUUGGACUGGAUGCAGGCGACGCAUCAAGGCUCAGAUUCCUUGCGUGAAUUUUGCCGGAAGCAUCGCACCUAUCCAUUACUGGUUAAAAAGUAUGGAUCCCCGGCAGACUUUGUACCUCGCACCCAAACGAAGCCAUCGAAUUUAAUAAAUAUUUGCAUUCGACAUCAGCUUUCGGGAGAGACAUGGGAGAAAAAAAUCCCGCGAAUGAUAACUGUACAGACUCUGCAGGGACUGGUUAUGAAGCGGUUCCGGUUAGGCGGUAACGUUCCCCAGCUGUGUUACGUUGAUGCCAAGCAUCCAAACCUAGUGGUUCAACUGGAUAACAAUGCAAAAACGCUGGACUUCUAUUCUGUACAAGAACACGACACGGUUUUGGUUCAAUAGCGUACAGCAAUUAAGCAAGGCGUUCAAUCUCUUUUCCGUAUUCAAAUAUGGUAUUUUACUUUUAGGUAACUGAAAAUCAAAAAUUUCAUGUUCAAUUUAAAUUCUGACCCCCCAUGCUUAAAUUGAUAAUGUUAUCUGUAGGUAAAUUUAAGUUUAAAUUUCUACUAUGCAAUAAAACUCGUAUAUUUUUUUGUUUUUGCUUGAAAAAAAAACACGUUACAAACCCAAA